CUCUCUCUCUCUCUCUCUCUCUCUCUCUCUCUCUCUCUCUCUCUCUCUCUCUCUCUCAUGGAUAUUUUUGGCAUUAGCACACUUGUUAUUGUGCUCUCUCUUCUGCACCAUGUACAUGGAGAUGUAACUUCCACUAAAGGAUGUGAUAUUUUCCAAGGAAAGUGGGUUUAUGAUGCAUCAUAUCCUCUGUAUAAUUCAGCAAAAUGCUCCUUCAUAGAGAAGGAAUUCGAUUGCCUAAAGAAUGGUCGUCCAGACAAAUAUUAUCUUAAAUAUCGAUGGCAGCCCACUGGUUGCAGCUUAACAAGGUUCAACGGUCAAGAUUUCUUGCAAAGAUUUAGAGGAAAGAGCAUCAUGUUUGUUGGGGACUCACUGAGCUUGAAUCAAUGGCAGUCACUCACUUGUAUGCUUCAUACAGCCAACCCACAAACCCCAUAUAAACUGUUCAGGAUAGGAGGGCUAUCCACAUUCACAUUCCCUGCAUACAAUGUGAAGGUCAUGUUCUCUAGGAAUGCGUUUCUGGUUGAUAUUAUAGCAACAAAAGCUGGGCGAGUUCUUAAACUUGACUCUAUUGAAAGUGGGAAAAUGUGGAAGGGAAUUGACUUCUUGAUCUUCAACACAUGGCAUUGGUGGCUUCACAGUGGAAGGAAGCAACCUUGGGAUCUAAUUCAAGAAGGAAACCGCCUGUAUAAAGACAUGGAUCGGUUGGUUGCGUAUAAGAAGGGGCUCAACACUUGGGCUAGAUGGAUUGACACCAAUUUGGACCCCAAAAAAACAAGAGUCUUCUUCCAAGGUGUUUCCCCAGAUCAUAAUAAUGGAGGUGAUUGGGGGGAGCCAACUGCAAAACAUUGUGAGGGACAAAUGCGACCAGUGGUUGGGCAUCAGUAUCCAGCAGGUUCACAUCCAGCAGAGCUUGUAGUAGAAAGAGUGCUGCAUUCUAUGUCAAAGCCAGCUUAUUUGCUUAACGUCACAACCCUUUCACAACUAAGAAAGGAUGGCCAUCCGUCUGUGUAUGGUCACGGCGGUCACAGGGACAUGGACUGCAGCCACUGGUGUCUGGCCGGAGUUCCUGAUACUUGGAAUCAACUUCUAUAUGCAGCUCUCAUACAAAGAAAAACCAACUAAUUUUUUGGAUUCAAGAAACCCUAUAAUAUUUCCAAAAUUGAGUAUGUAAUUGCGGUUCAUAAUCUCUACAUAAUUUGUAUUCCUAUCCAUCCACUUCCAAAAAAUAAUAAUAAUAAUCUAUCAAUUAUUCAACCA